UUGAAGUCCAUCAGAUACAUGGCAUUUGUCCACAACAAGACCGGGGCAGCAUCCAGAAGCAUGGACUGCACAGCCAAGAGAGUUCAGCUGCUCCUCUUCAUGGCGCUGCUGGCGCACCUGGCGCGGGACGCGGAGGGCGUGGCCACCUGCUGCUCGAGCGCGUCAAGGUCCUGCAAAUUAUACGAGAUUCUGUGCCGCGCGGGACGCCGAAACGACACGUCCAUCGCCAGGCAUAUCGGCCGCUUUAAUAACGACGCGGCAGUCGGGAUCCUAACGCUUGGCAAGCGUAAAGUGGGCGAGAGACGCGUCCAGGACCGGCUGCAGCAGCUGCUGCACGGCUCGCGGAAUCAGGCCGCGGGAAUCCUGACGGUGGGAAAGAGACUCGAGGACCCGCUGCAUUAUCUGAUGCCCAGGCCACCGGAGGAUCUGGACGCUUAUGAAACACGAUGACACGUGUUGUUAAAACCACCGCAGAGCUGCUCAUUGUUGACAUUAAUUUGUAGUCCACUACAGAAAGCUAAUUCUU